GAACCUACGUGUCCAGCUUCAGAAGAUGGAAGCUGGCGCUUCCGACCAUGAAACCGUGGCGGAAGACCUUUGGGCGCAAUUGCGGAAGAUGGAAGCAGAUGCUUCCGACAAAGACGAGGUUGAGGAAGACCUUCGGGCGCAAUUGCGGGAGAUGGAAGCCGGUGCUUCUGAGAAAGACAAGGUUGAGGACGGCCUACGAACCCAGCUGCGAAAGAUGGAAGCCGGCGCUUCAGACCGCGAAAACGUGGAGGUGCAGCUGCGACAUGUGCAGACUCGGAACGCCGAGCUGGAGAACGAGCUGCAGGAGUUCCAGCAAGUCCAGUUGAGGAAAGCGAAGCUUAAGGACGUGGAUGUGGCGGUACAAACCGACUUUGCUGAGCCUGAGAAGCCUGAGAAGGGCGUCCGUAGCGCGCGGACGAAGAAGAAGAGUGUCUUCUUCAACACUGCGCCUGGGGGCUCCGAGUCGUCGAUCCCCGGUGCGGUGGAGCAUGCCGUGUCCGAGACGCGAAGUCAGCGUGCGCAUUUCAAAUCCGUGGACUUUGGACAGCACGACGAGGACGUGUCCUAUACCCCGAUGUCCAGCUCUGAGGAUGACGACGACGGGGCCAUGUCGGCGAUGACCUCGCGAACCUCGCGAACCUCGAUGAUGUCGCAAACCUCCGAGUACUAUGACAUGUACAACGAGACCUCACGGCCCGCGCUGCAUCGCGCCAGGUCUGAGCUCGAGAGCUACAGCGAAGAAGACUUGUGGGAUCCAGAGCAUGUGGCCAGGGUCACCCGCAAGCUCUUUCCGAAACACGACAAGGAUAGGACAGGUCGAAUCGAUUGGGCCUCCGGAGAAGCCAAAAAGUUCCUGGAGGAGUUCUUUUGGCUGCACAAGCAACCGCCACCGAAGAUUCCCAACGCGCCCUUUCAGAGUCUCUAUGACCAGGUGAAAACUGAGAACGAUGGUUAUCAUGAUGACACAGAUGACAAGGGGCUGAACGUGGAAGAGAUGACAGCCUUUGCCAUCAAGGUGCAUCAGUUCGUGUACAAACAGCUUGGGAAGGAGAUGCGUGCGCAACGGAAGAGCUUCGCAGUGACCGAGGAGGAGCUAGCAACCCUCCACCGCGCCAGCAUUGAGAUGCAUAUGGGCGAGGACGCACAAGCCACGGCGGCACGGAUGCUGCGGCGGAACACCAUCAUGGCGACGCCGGACCUCUCAGGCCUCACGGAGAAGGAGUGACUUCGAUGUUCAUGGCUAAGAUGUGUAUAUAAUAUAAUGUCG